AAGGACCAUACCAUUCUAUUUUUAUAAACAUAUCAAAUGUAGUUUCUAUUGACAUUGUUUUUUUUAUCUCAGAUAGUCAAAUACAAGAUCAUGUCGUGCACAACCCGAAUUCUGACGUUACCUAAAAAACACUACUAAUGGAAUGGGCCUACUCUAAACCAAUUGGAUCACUACUUACAAGAGCUAACUCCAACUGAAACGGGGAAGAACACAAUUGAAAAUUUGUAGGAUUCAGUGAAGUCAAAUCUUAUCUCUACGAAGCAAAAUGACGAAAAGAAAACUACGAGUUCCUGCCUGGUAUAUGCGCCAUGGUUUAUCUCAGACAGCUGGCCGGCCGGCGAUCUUCACUAGGUGCAGGUGGACGGCGGUAUGAUACUCCAUCUCUCUCUACCUCUCAUCCUCUCAUAUGUAUGUGUGUAUUUGUGUAUAUUGUAUAAUAUACUAAUAUACAUACAUCAAAAUCAACGCAACUUCUUAAUCUAACACAAACGAGCUGAAUUUUUGUCUUCGAUUCUAUCGGAAACCAACAAAACCCUCAAUCGAAAACGAUAAACCCAAUGGUACGAACAAUAUUUCCUUCCCAUAUUUGUACGAUCUUCAACGAUCAACUUCCAUAACUUCCUAAUUUUUCGAGGUACAUCUCUCUCUCUCUCGCACAUAACAUAUGCAGCAAUUUUGUACAUAUCAAUCAUAAUGACUGAAUUGUUUAGGGAAGAAAGUAUGGGGGAGAUCGAUACAGAUCAUAUCAAAUCCGUUCGAGCAUCUCUUUCGCAUUUUGGGGAGAAAUGCGGUCAGAUUAGGAGUCGGUCUAGUAGCGACGAUGAAUCAGAGAAGGUGAAAGAUCUUGAAGUUGUCCUACAAGAUUUGGCUAAUUGCAAGGUUCAACUAGAAGCCAUGGAUUCUGCCCACAAGCAAGCCCUUCUUAACAAAGAUCACCACGAAAAAACCGUUGAGGAGCUCUCAAUGCUAUUGAAGACCUCGGAAUUCGAAAAAGAUAUAUACAUCAACGAAUGCAAGGAAGCAAAGAUUCGUGUAUCAGAACUCCAUUCCAAGAUCCAAAUUAUGGCCGAUGAGUUGAGCGACUUAAAAUCAACACGAGAUCAGCUUCUUACAGUCGAGAAACAACUCGUGGCUGCCACCGAUGAUAAACUCGAGGCCAUCAAACACACAAAUGCGCUCAAUGACACCAUUCUCAGUUUACAAGCUUCGUCCAUGGAGGCAGAGAGCGCGAAGAUAAAGGCUGAAAAACAUAUGGAGUUAUUAGAGAGCGAGUUGACUCAGUUGAAGCUGGAAAUCAGAGGUGAGUUAGACACGGUUAAAACCGAUUUGGAAGAGAUGUGUAACAAAGAGAACGAAGCACAAGUCGAAAUAGCCUUGUUGAAGGCCGAGCUUCAUAAAGGGAGAUCCAAAACCGCAUCCGCAGAGGCUUCCGAGUUACGAGCUAAAGGCGAAAAAUCCGCUGCUUAUUUUGCUCUUCAGGAAAUGGCGAUUGAGAACCAAGAACUGAAGAAAGAAAACGAAAGUUUACAAUCGGAACUUCCAAAUUCCGACCAUGAGAUCACGAUUUCGUUGGAAGAAUACGAGAUGUUGGUGAAGAAAGCGGAGGAAGCUAAAUUGGAACCGGAAAUGGAGAAUUUGAAGAAAGAUUUGGAGAGUGCGAUGGCGAGAGUGAGCGAGUUCAGGACAAGAGCGGAACAAGCGGCAACGAGGGCGGAGGUGGCGGAGGAGGCAAAGGCGGCGGUGGAAGAGCAAAUAAAGAGCUUGAAAGAACAGAAGCAAAGACGGAGGGCGGCUAUGGCAGCACUCCGUGCGGAAUCAAUGUCGAAAUCGAGUCGUAGUUUUGAGUAUCAUGACGAUAUUGAUAACCCUAAAACAUACAUGCCAUUAGGUACGUUUCUCAAAAUGAAAUUCUAGUUCAGGACUAACUUAAAUUGAAACAUAUCUUGAAUUUUAUGUAAUGAAUUACAUUAUAUUUAACCAAAAUAAACGAUAAUAUUUACCAGGCAAA